AUGGAGACGGUUUUAUCUGACAUCGUUAAACGGAGUAAAAUGGCUCCGGGGACAGAGAAGAAGAAAACUAAGAUAAAAACCGAUAAACAUGUCAAAUCGGAGCAGCGUGAGACAGCGGAGGAGAGACAGUCAGCUGACCUUCAUCCUGUCAGUGAUGAAGAGGGGCAGACGGACAUUUAUCAACUCCCAUCACUCACCUGCUUCAUCAUACAGAGGUAUGAGGGAGACACCUGUGAGGGGGGGCAGCCUCACGGACAGGGGGUCGCUUAUUUUAAAGGUGGACACAUGUACAAGGGGACAUUUUCCAGAGGACUGAUGGAUGGACAUGGUGUCCUCACACUGACAGGAGGACUGAAAUAUGAGGGAGAUUUUGUGAGCAAUGUGCCGAUGGGUCGGGGCUCCUACAGCUGGCCGGACGGCAGCUCUUAUCAGGGGGACGUGUAUUAUGGGAUACGGCAUGGGACAGGAACCUACACCUGUGGACAGACCGGAGUGUCCUACACAGGACAAUGGCAUCAGGGACAGAGACAUGGAAAGGGAACAGUGUUUUAUAACCAGGAGAAGACAUCCUGGUAUGAAGGAGACUGGCUGAAAAACAGCAGAGAGGGAUGGGGAGUCAGACGCUACCUGUCAGGUAACAUUUACUCUGGUGAAUGGAAGAACAACCAGAGACAUGGAGAGGGGACCAUGAGCUGGAUCACCCUGUCUCAACAGUUUGUGGGGACCUGGCACAACGGAGUCCAGCAUGGCAGAGGUACUCACAGCUGGAUCCUGAGGCGAGUAGAUGGAUCCCAGUACUUCCGGACUAACCAGUACACAGGGGACUUUGUUGAGGGUAAGAGACACGGACUGGGAACCUUCUACUACGCUGGAGGAGCCAAAUAUGAACAGGAGUGGAGGAACGAUAAAAAAUAUGGCAAGGGAAGAUUCACGUCUGAGGACGGGCGUGUUUUAGUAGGAGAGUGUUUGGACGAUCAGAUGUUGAGUGGAUUUAAAGCUCCUCCUCCGUCUGGUUCGCCUGUCUUAGGACCAGACAUGUCUCUGAACAUCGACUGUCUUCUGGAGAAAUUCCCUGAGAGGAAACGCUGCACUGAGCGCCAGCAGGUGGAGUUUGUGGUGCUGAGGCAAAACAGCGAGCUGAGGUCCAUCUACAGUUUUUACAGCAGACUUGGCCACACCUCCUCCCCAGAUAACACCUUCCUGCUGUCCCGCCUGCAGCUGUGGCGUCUCCUCAAAGACUGUCACGUCCACCAUCACGGCGUCACACUGGCACAGAUAGACCAUCUGAUCACAGAGGACGCCUCAGCAGCAGAGGUCCACUCUCCUUUCACCCCCAUCCUCCUGAACAGACUCCUCAGCUGUCUCGUGGUCGUUGCCUUUCACAUCUACCAUCAGGACCUGCAGUCUCAGAAAAACCUCCUGGCAGCCUGCCUCUCCAAACUGAUGACUGACAACAUCCUGCCUCACGCUAAGAAUGUAAAAGGCUUGGUGUUCAGGAGGCCUGACUGUGCAGCUGUGUCUGUGAGCUACUUACAGACGAGCUGGGAGGUCUUUGAGUCUCUCUGCAGAGAGGAACGGACCAUGAGCUGCAGACAGCUGCUGUGGAUGUUCAAGGAUCUCCACCUGCUGGACGAUCAGCUGACCACAGGCAGACUGCUGCAGAUCAUGGCUGCAGAGAGCCCAGAGCCCACCAACCUGUCCUCCUGUCUGGACCUGCAGAUGACCUUCCUGGAGUUUUUUGAGGUCCUCCUGGGCUCUGCUGAGGUCAAGUGUCGGCAGGUCGUGUCUGAAGGCGAUGAGAAGUCCAGCCGUGACAGUGAGGCCAGGAGGGAUCUACAUGAGGUCGAGGCCACAGAGAACACCCUGCAGAAGACAAAGCGCUUAUCUCAGUCGGUGGCUACAAUGAAUGGCAUCUCCAACCCUGAGUCAGCAGAGACAAGUGAGCCGGCAGGAUUAUCCGCUGAGGGUCAACAAGAUGUCCAGACGACCGUCAGAGAGAAACCUCAGUCUGCAGAGAGCAGAGGUGAAGGAGCAGGCGAACAGACCAGACAGCUCGAGGUGGAGCUGUGGAGACAGACCGUCCAUCAGUUCUUAGACUUCUGCUUCUUCCCCGCUGUGGAACAUCACCAGUUAGUGUCCAGAAACAUGACAGAGGAGAAGCUCAGGCAGGACGCUCAGAGACGCAUCGCCCUGUCCAAAGCCCAACACAGGCACAGGCAGAGGGGACAUACGGAGGGCAGCCACACUGUCCACAAACAAACUACAUGUGUAAUAGAGCCUUUUAAUAAAACAGAGUGAAGUGCUGAUUUGUGUUGGGUAUAAAUG